AUGCAGUGCCAAGCCGAGUUCCGGCUCGCUCAGUCCGGCCACAUCAAAGCAUCCAGGCGGCGCUACAAGACCUUCAUGAUUGACGAAAUCCUGGCCAAGGAGACUUGCGAUUACCUGGAGAAACUCUCUCUGUACUCAGUGUGCCCGUCUCUGGUGGUUCGACCCAAAGCCCUGCACUGUUCAGGCCCAUCAUCCCUCAGCGCGUACCCCUUGCUGACAUUCAUUAACCGUCAGCCCAGCAGCAGCAGCGUGGCACACGUUCCCCAGUCCUCACCCCCCGGCCACAUCAGCCACCUGCCCCUGGUGACGUCCCAGCACGCGUUGCCGGGUGAGCCGGUACCCAGCGAGACGCCCCUCAGCAUCAGCAGCGAUUCGGACACCGAGUAUAGCUCCCCGCGGCUGAAGAAGACAAGGCGGAGUCGCACCAUCUUCACCGAGCUGCAGCUUAUGGGCCUGGAGAAGAAGUUUCAGAAGCAGAAGUACCUCUCCACUCCUGACAGAUUGGACCUGGCUCAGUCUCUUGGUCUCACCCAGCUCCAAGUCAAGACCUGGUACCAAAACAGACGCAUGAAAUGGAAGAAACUGGUCCUUAAAGGAGGGCAAGAGGCCCCUACCAAGCCCAAAGGCCGGCCCAAGAAGAACUCCAUCCCCUCCACGGAGGAGAUCGAGGCCGAGGAGCGACGACUGGCCGAGGAUGAGCAUCUCAGAACCCAGUUGCAAAUUCACACCCAGGAUCCAUUUCUGACGCAUGACGAAGUGUUCCAGACGCACCCCCAUGACCUGAGCACGAACGGGUACAGCGAGACCCUGCGCCCGGCACCUCCGGAGGUCUCGGGUCAGGAAAAAGUCCCCCGAAUCAGAGAAUCAGAGCCUGUCACAGCGAGUUAAGCGCUCAGCAUCGCUAACAAGACUUCCAAAAGCACUUAGUGCCUUGGAUCGAUGUAUCCGAAAAAGACACUGAGCUGAACGGACUGAAUUGCAGUGAUUUUUAUUCCUCUUUGCUUACGGUACUUUGUGCCUCAGGUCCUGAGAUUGUUUUCAGUAUUUUAUGAUCAUCUAUGUGGACAAAGUUGCAUCGCAGGAGCAGUUAUGCCAGCGCUGGUGCCAGCGUACCAGACGGACAUACAGCAAGUGUUUAUGAUUUAUUUUUCCCGAGCGAUCUGCUCGGCCGUUUGUUCUCUCACGUCCUGAUACCUGCCUGUUUUAUUACCUCUGUUGAAUAUGUGUACAGUGACGUCGUGUUCUUUGCCAAAGAUCAUAUAUAUGAAAAAAAAUGAAAUACUCUCAGAGGAAUUAGUGCCUUUUCCUUACAUUUAUAUCCUAUAAAACUCCCAUUAAAUCCUAAAGUGCUGAACACACGUGUGCGCUUGUACAGCUUU